AAAAUGAAUCGCCAAAAACGAAAAACGGACCGUUUUUAAUUGGUUUUUCGUUUUUUGAUUCUAACACCAAAAUGGUUAUUUGGUUUUUCGUUUUGAAACAAAAACAGAUAAACGUCCAUGCAGUAAACCAUUCUCCUCGACUCCACACACCUUGUGACGUCUCUGUCCUGUCUCAUAACUGUGGUGAUAUUUUACCCUGAGUCCAGCCUGCCAGGUAAACUUCCCCACAGCCCGGAGAACAGCCCGAGGUCCGUGACACUGUCAGACUGCAACCGGUAUGAGAUGUUCUGAAGGGCUGGCCGGUCUUGACAGCUCCGUGCUCGACGUCAGGGUCCCUUUUAGCCGAAGCGACGUGUCAUCGACCAUUUAACGCUGUUAAGGUUGUUAUCUUACUAACGUUACUGCAUUGCUGAAGGCGAACAAGGAACUUCUUCUCCCAACACUGAUGGCUAGCAAGCGUUAGCUACACUAUCUCACUGUGCCAUCAUUGGAUAACUGUCAUUGUUUAUCGAGGCUCAGCUGCUGCUAGCUGCCUCUAUUGUUUACAUGGAUACAGUCAGCUGAAGUGCUCUGUGGGCAUGUGGCGGUCCUAACAAUACUAGAUCAGCUGCAGAACAACCACAGUGGAAAUGGAAAUGGAGCUGGGAGGGAGCUAACGUUUAUCGAAGUUAGCCAAAACUCUACAGCCGACUCUCUACCCUAAAAUAAGGAUGAUCUGGCUAAUGGAGGACAACUGUGCCUGCUGGGCUGUUUGACUUUGUGUGGGCGUUGGACAAAGGACAGGAGUUUGUUUGUCCACAUUAAAGCAUAACCUGAGGCAAGACCACAUGAGGAGAAUAGAAAAUAUACUGUGCUGGGAACUGGCCCGCACUCCUGGCACUAGAAUGAUGCUAAAGACCCUACUGAUCACCAGUCUUUUUGGCUGGGCAAAAUGUCAAGAGAGCCAGAGCAUGACACCAGAUGAGAAGACAGUUGUCAGGGACCAGAUUGUUGAAAUGUUUGAUCACGCUUAUGGCAGUUACAUGAAAUAUGCCUAUCCAGCCGAUGAGCUGAUGCCUCUAAGCUGCAGGGGGAGAGUCCGUGGCCAGGAGCCAAACAGAGGGGACAUAGAUGAUUCCUUGGGGAAGUUUUCUCUCACGCUGAUUGACACCCUUGAUACUUUGGUGGUUUUAAACAAGCUUGAUGAGUUUGAGGAUGCAGUGAGAAAGGCCGUGAGGGAUGUACGCUUGGACAACGAUGUGGUGGUGUCUGUGUUUGAGACCAACAUCAGAGUUUUAGGGGGGCUUUUGGGAGCCCAUGUGAUGGCUGACUUGCUACGGCAGCGUGGGGAGAGGAUGCAGUGGUAUCGGGAUGAGCUCUUGCACAUGGCCAAAGAGCUGGGCCAUCGAUUACUACCUGCCUUCAACACCACAAGUGGCCUUCCCUACCCUAAGGUGAAUCUGCGGUAUGGAGUCCUGAACCCACUUUCACGCACAGGCACUGAAUCGGACACCUGCACGGCAUGUGCUGGAACAAUGAUCCUGGAGUUUGCUGCCCUCAGCAGACUGUCAGGAGAGUCUGUGUUUGAGGAAAAUGCCAGGAAGGCUCUGGAUGUCCUCUGGGAGAGGAGACAGAGAGGAAGUGACUUGGUGGGGACAGUCAUCAAUAUUCAUAAUGAGGAAUGGGUGCGGAGGGACAGUGGGGUUGGUGCUGGUAUUGACUCAUACUACGAAUAUUUGAUGAAGGCCUACAUUCUUCUGGGAGAUACUGUUUUUCUGGAGAGGUUCAACAUUCACUACAGUGCCAUUAUGAAAUACAUCAGUCAGCCUCCCCUGCUGCUCAAUGUACACAUGCACAACCCCACUGUGAGCGUGCGCAGCUGGAUGGACUCUCUCCUGGCAUUCUUCCCUGGCUUACAGGUUUUGAGAGGAGAUCUGAAACCAGCUAUUGAGACUCAUGAAAUGCUUUACCAAGUCACCAAGCAGCACAAGUUUCUUCCAGAGGCUUUCACUACAGAGUUUAGAGUUCAUUGGGGCCAACACCUACUGAGACCAGAGUUUGCAGAAAGCACCUACUACCUCUAUAAGGCCACUGGUGACCCCUACUACCUCAGAGUGGGACAGUCCAUCGUGGAAAAGCUCAAUGCCUACGCCAGGGUGCCUUGCGGGUUUGCUGCUGUGCAGGACGUCCGCACCGGGACGCAUGAAGACAGGAUGGACUCGUUCUUCCUGGCUGAGAUGUUUAAAUACCUGUACCUGCUGUUUUCGGAGAAGAGCGAGCUGCCCAUCGACAUUGACGACUACAUCUUCACCACAGAGGCGCAUCUUCUCCCUGUGUCUCUCUCCACCACCAAGCCGCCCUGUCAAGGCAACAUUACGGAGACUGUUCCUGUUCCUCAAGAAGAAGAUCUGUUCACACACUCCUGCCCCAGCAUAGAGACGUUGUUCCCUAACAACCCGUCAUUUGCCAAAACCAUCCGCGACAGCUACAAGUACCUCACAGGGGUGGGACGAGCCUUCCACCCCUUACCUGUUAGGGAAAUUGAACUACCGCUUCAUGAUAAUGGCAUGGAGCCAGUAGAGUUCUUGAAAAGCAUGGGCAUCUCUCUCACUCCACUGAAUGAGGUCACGGCAGGAGACGUCAGAAGUCAGAGGGAGCAUAAAGGAGUGUACCGGGUUAAAUUUGUGGCAGAGGUAAGCCAGACACCGGAAGAGGAGGAGGUGGUGCCUCAUGUUGUUCAGCUCAUAUCCCCUCCAUAUCUGGGUAGGACUGUCCUCACAGCGGGACCUGCCAAGUUCGGAAUGGACCUCACCAAGCAGGAGCACGGGGUGAAGGGCAGCAUAGUGAAAGCCUCACCGUACACUGCAUGUGGGCCAAUAGAUAAUACAGCAGAGCUUAAAGGCAAUAUCGCUCUGGCACUCCGUGGUGACUGCAUGUUCGCUACAAAGGCUCGUCGGCUGCAGGAGGCAGGAGCCAUAGGAGUCAUUUUUAUAGACCAUCGUGAGGGAAGCAAUAGCGAGGAAACUCCCCUCUUCCAGAUGGUUGGAGAUGGCGACUCCACUGAUGACGUCACCCUGCCUUUGGUCUUCCUGUUCAGCCGUGAGGGUGCCGUGCUCACAGCUGCUCUGGAGGAACAUCAUAAUGUGGAUGUGCUGCUGCUGCCCAAGGAGAGGCAGCUGGGACAUGAUAAGACAGAGAAACCCGUAGGCAUGAAUAUCAAACUCCGCCUGGCAGAGGAGGGGGAGCUGGUGGAAGGAGGGCCCACCUUGGAAUUUGUCUUGGGGAAAGAAGAGGUGCUUCUUAAGGAAGAGGAGGAGGAAGAAGAGCCCACAGGACGACGACAAUCACGGCAGCAGCGUUUCUGCACGAAUGAACGAACUGAACCAUGUUCAGCAGACUUAUCUCAAACCCCAAGCUCUAACAGUGGACCAGACACAAACCCUUGACCGCUGCUGAUCCCGAAGCAGCCACAUUUCCCCAACGCUGAUCCCUCGUCUUUCGUUUUUGAGUGGCACGUGCCUCAGAGCCCCUCACUGCCCUACAUGGAGGCUUAACUGACCCAACCUGCAUGUUUACAACCGAUGCAGGAGAGCCAAGCAGUGUGAUGGCCGCACACCCAUCCUGUCUUGACUUUGACACCUAAAGUUGGUUCUAUAUUUAUUUGACAGAGUCAAAGUGGAGCUUUUACUCUGUGCAGUGCUGGUCUGUCUGAAAUGAGGGAUAUCAUGAGACUAAACUAGGUAGUUAAAAGGUGAAAGCAGUUGGUUAACAUGGCUGUGCUGGUGCUGCCCAUACCUAGCCUGUAGUGUUGCUAUUGUAGGCACACACAAGUUGUUCCUGGUGAUAAUGAUGUAGAUCACUGACUAGAGUUUAAAAAUACCUCACCAUAGAGGAAAACAUAGAUAAGGCAAAAGUGACUCAGCUAGGAUUGUAUGCAAUGCAGUUUGUUUUUAAUGUAGAUUGCACCUUUUCAAUUCAACAACUACUUAAAUAUUCAGCAGUGGUGAUGGAAUAUUAUCUGGCCAGUAGGUGGAGUUAGCUACCAUAACUUCUCAGUAAUAUAACGAUGAAGGAGAUGAACUGGGGCCAAUUUGAAAGGUGUAUUUUAUUUUGUACUUGUAAGCAACUUCAGGGAAUUUCAAGAGUGAAUGCAGUUUGCAAGGUUAAUCCAUUUGAUGGUGUGUGUGUGUGUGUGUGUGUGUGUGUGUGUGUGUGUGUGUGUGUGUUCUGCAUUUCCUUUUUGCUAUAAUGUGCAUGUGUGUGUGCAAGGUGUGUAUUAAUAACUAUAAUACCCAAGAAAGCAUCUCAGCUAAAACAUAAUUACUAUCAGAUGAAACUGUCCUGUCUUCACAAAGUCAUCAUGAAACGAAUUAAGAAUAAAAAGUCUGUAGGAUCAUGUCACAGUGAUUCUUUUGAAAUUUGGAUUUUUCAGACUAAUUGCUAAAUUGCUUUUUUCCAACCCAUAAAUAACUGUGUAAUCUCUGUUAAUUUAAAAUGAAUCCUGGCAUUUUAAAACAUUACGAAAAUGGCCAAAGCUGUUUUUCUUCUUCAACUGAAGUCUACAUGUAACUGUGGUUAGGUCCAGAUGAAGCAUCCACAGGAUUUCAGUCUGCAGUCCCAGACAGAUAUGCACUUUGAAACACGGGUAGGAUCGUCGAUUCAAACAGAACUGACCAAUCAGUCUGUCAUUGCAUUUGUUUGUGUGUGGCGCAAUAAGUUAUUUUCAAUUGCAGUCAUUUAUCAUCCCAUUUACAUUGUGUAAUGAUGCAAUACUAAAAUGUAAGUAAAAAUUUUAUAUUUAGUGACAUCAUUUAAGAUUGCUGGAGCACGAGGUGUUUGCUUAAUCUAAAAUGGUAACAGUCGAACUAGAAAGGCUAAUUGAGUCUCAUAUAAAUACUCAAUGAAUUUUCUGAAAGCAUUUUGGAUCCAGUUUUGUUGUUUCUCUUGUCAACACUUAAAUGUACCUGCUGUUGGUGUCUCACACUCUAUACACAAACUAAACCAUGUUCUUGGCA